UGCGAGCGGGAAAACGGUCAGCGAAACUUUUUGAAUUCCCAAUCUGCUCCUCUCUCUCUCUCUCUCUCUCUCUGCAUUUUCUAGAACCCUAACUUAGUUAGCACAAGAUUGGACACUACUCUUUCAAUUCCUCCCAUUUUCUCGGGAAACAAACAAAAACCCCCCAACAACCCAUUUCCAGAAUUUUCUUCUACACCCUGAAACCCUAACCUCCGUUUUCGCUGCGCUAAUGAAAUUGGAGCAGCACCACCACAAUCAUAAGCAUAAUGCACAACCCUGUACAAGAAGAUGAGUAACACUCGAGAAGAAGCAAGCGCAAGUGGUUACCACACGGUUCAGCCAGAGCGUGACCUCCAAUCCAAUUGGGAAGUCGACCUCGCCAAGAAACUCGAAGACUACCUGUUCAAGAUUUGCUCCGGUGAAAUCCCAUACGACGACCACGCCCCAGUCAAUUUCGCCGAAGCUGCUUUGCUGCUUCAGGGUUCGGUUCAGGUGUAUAGUCGCAAGGUUGAAUACCUUUACUCUUUGGUUUUGCGUGCUUUGGAGUUCCUUUCUCAGAAGAGCAGGCAGCAGGAUCAGUCAGAGGGCACAUCAGUUCAGCCUGAAGAAAGUGGUUCCCAUGCAGUUGCUGAUGAAGAAAACGAUCUGUUUUGGGGUUCAGAUGAUAUCCCAGUGGAAGCAAAGACUUGCUUAGAUAGUCCAACAGGCAAAGAUGCUCAUUUGAAUCACUUUGUGAAGCCCCCUGCAAAUCUAGUCGUUCUUGAAGGUGAUUGCCUAGAUACUACUGCUGAUGGCGGGGAAUUAGAGUCAUAUCUGUUGGCCACGAACGAUCUUUACCAGGAUUUUAUUCUAUUAGAUCCAUGCGAUGCUGCAGCAGUUGAUGAAUUUUUCAAGGGGGAUAAAGCUGGUAAAGGCCAAAAUAGUGCUUACAGAGGCAGCUCAGCUCGCAAGAGCUUUCUAUCUCCCACCAGACGUUCUGGGGGAACUGCACGUAAGUCAUCUAUUAGAAAGAGCCAGGAUCCCAACCUCAUCCAAUCUCCUCGGGUUGGUUGCAGCAUUGAUAAUAAUCGAAAUGUUGAGCCAAACCCCCCUUCCUGUGAUAAUUUUGAUGACAACAAUUGUGGAUUUGAUAUGGGCGAUAGAUAUUCAGAACCUAGGGAUUUGGAUGAUUCAGAUGAUGAUGAUGAUCCAUGGAAGCCUUUGAAUCCCCAUGAACCUGGAAACUUGAGAGUGAAGCCUUUUAAAAAAGCAGCGAAAGCUUUCAGAAGGAAUAAGGUUAAUUCUUCAAAGGGAGUUUCCAUAUCUACUCUUUUUCCAAUUGCUAGAUUGCAUGGUACUAUCAGUCCGGAGCUCACUGAAAUCUGGGAGAUGCGAUCUCAAGCUUUUGAAAGACAAAGGGAGUUCCACUCUCCUCCAUUAUAUGAAAAGUUACGGCAAUCACUUACUAAUGGAGGACAUGAAACAUUCAAUGCCUUUAAUAAUCCUGAGGAUGACACUGAGGACUGUGCAUAUGAUAGCGGGAAUCCUCAUUUUGGGGAACCUGAUUCUGACUUUCCGGAGAAUAUAUAUAUGGAUGAAGAUGUACCUCUUCACAAUGAAAAGCAUGAUGAUGGUGCUGCUCACUUUGGUACCAAUGAAGACUUUGGACAUGAAGAUCCCAAUUCUCAUGCAAGCCUGGAAGACCUUUGUCGCUCUCACCUAGAUGCUCUCCUUGCUAGCAUAGCUGAAAAUGAGAAGCAGACUGAAUUGGCUGCUCGGGUUUCGACAUGGAAACAGAAGAUUGAGCACAACUUGGAGGAGCAAGAAUCAUGCCCUCCAUUUGAUAUUCUUGACUACGGCGAUAGGAUUCUUGACAAACUAUCCCUUGAAGCGCACAAUGGAAAUGUCAUGUCUUUUGCUGAUGUGGUAAAGGGACAAGAGAAGUACAAUGUGGCUCGAAGCUUUUCUGCACUUCUUCAAUUGGUGAACAAUGGAGAUGUUGAUUUAGAUAGGAGUGGAGUCGAUGGCAAGUCCAUCUGUUACACUGCUGUGAAUCCUUUCCACGUUCGUCUCCUCAGCCAUGACAAGAAACAGGAGGAAAAACAAUUUCGAUUUUCAAAAAAGAGAGCUAAAUCUCCAAUAGGAAAAGAAUGUGCUAAAAGCAAUAGGAACAAGCCUGGGAAAGAUAAAUCACCCGCCAAUGAUUCAUCUUCUAAGGAAUAUAAAUCAACAGAGGGGUCAUCACAGCCAAAUUGCAAAUUUUCUGUGAAGCUAGGAAAGAUCAGUGGUGUACGUUGCACUCCUGAAGGCAAGAGGAGACGAAGGUCAAGAUUAAUUGAACCAGUUGACCUACAUUCUGCAGGAUGAAAUAGACAUCAGUAACAAGUCGCCACUUUUUCUUGUCAGAUGACAAUUCAAUACCUUUUGUUGAAUCACUGAGGUCCAUUAAAGUGACCUUGUAAUUGCAGUUCUAGAUUGCUAACAAUUAUUAGGUGUUACCUGUAUUGUUUUCCGUUUAACCUUAUUACCUGGAUGUACUAUAUAGAUCCUGUAACACCAUGUAUUUUUAUCAAUGCAGAAUGAUCUAUUUGUAAUAUAUACAAAGACCAAUUUUCCUUCA